AUGUCGCAGGCGCGGGGGCGACUGGCAAAUGGGAACGGAACAAAGAAGAGUAUGAAGGGAGGAGAUGGGUAUGCUGAAGGUGGUGCGAAUGGAUGGGGAGCGAAGCGGAAGGCUGGGUCACUCGAGCACCUGGCCCCAAAGAAAUCAAAGUCGUUACAUCGAGAGAAUUCGGUUCCACCACCACUACCAAGGGAUGAGGAUACUCAACAGCAACCUGUUCAGAAGCAGAAGGGAAGAGGGAGACCUCCAAAAUCCACGGAGGCACCGCGCAAUGUCACAUUUGAGACUCCCAAUGGAAAACUCCCCACUCGACCACUUCGACGAACGUCAAAACGUCUGGCUGAAGAGGAACCAACUGCAACAGUGACAGAGAAAUCAUUAAAGCCCAGGCGGAAAUCGAAUGAUGUCGCACCCGCACCAAUCAUGGUUCAGCGGAAGCGGGGUUCAAGUAAGGCCAAAGGCUCACAAACGGAGCCUCUAGGGGAGGAGACGGAAGGCCAGGUUACUACGCCAUUAGCAGAUGUGAAUACACAGAAAAUUGCACUCCCCUUUGCGGACACGCCCGUUAUUCAGAAGAACAAGGAGAUGCGGAUGGAGAAGAGCCAGAAGGGCCAGAGGCGGAGUAGUCUUGGGAGGAGGGGGAGGAGAGCGAGCUGGCUGAUUGAAUCCGGGGUGUCUAAUGCGCUACCGCAUGACCAGGUUGACACGGCGCAUUUUUACAAACAUAUCGAAUCUCGGGUAAUACAGGAGGAACUGCUUGAGGAUUUCGCGAAUCGGCCUGAACUUUCGGACUGGUUUGGUCGGCAAGAAACCACACCGCCGGCAGUAGUAGUAAAGAAACCAAAUCCAAGGAAUAUACAAAACGCGGAGAAAAUUAAAGAAUUGGAGGAGCAGAUACAUAAACUGCAACUAGAGCGACAAUCACUUACAUCUCUCGUACGGCCACCGUCAAUUCCAAAAAUAAAACCUCCGUCUUCGACAUCCAUACAACAAUCCGAAAAUCAACAACCAUCCACAUGCACACCACAAACUGAAGUAAUAAACCCCGCCCUCCUCGACUCUUCUCAACUAGCGAUCCUGACGGCUCUGAAUCCAUUGAACUCUACCCGCGCACCUUCCGAUGAAUCUGCACCAACCGCGCAAACAGACUCAUCCUGUACUUCAAUAUCCAACAUAACAUUUCGCCUUUCCCACCUAACGACAUCCUUAAUCCCAACCCUUGACUCCUUCGCCUCGGGGAUCCACGACAUCGAACUAUUCCGCCGCGCAGCGGAUGACGUGGCAGGGCAGGUUCUUGCGAUUUGUGCGCGUCUAUUGGAAGAGCGCGAUCAGUUACGGCAGAAACGAAUUGGUGGGGAGGAGCUAGGAAGCAAUGCCAACGGCCGCACGAUGAGAACGAGAAGGAGAAAGGGUAAACAGAAAGUUGGUGAGGCGGCGGAGGGCGAUGAAGGAGCAGGCAACGGGGGAGAUGCAGAUGAGGAUGAGAAGGAUGAUUUGAGAAUAGAGAAGGAGGAUUUGGCCAUUGUGUUGGCGGCCUUGAAUCAUUGA